AUGCACUCCGCCGUUCGCCUCCGCAUCAACGCCAUGAAGAGGAACAACGUGGCUCAUAAAUGGACCGAGUACCAAGGCAUUCAGAAUUGGGAUGGUUUGUUGGACCCAUUGGAUCACCAUCUUCGAAUGGAAAUCCUUCGUUACGGUCGGUUCGUCGAAGCCGCCUACAACUCCUUUCAAUAUGACGUUGAUUCACCAUUUUAUGCAACAUGUCGCCACUCAAAAUCUUCGUUAAUGAACCGAACUGGGUUGAGUCAGACCGGAUAUCGCCUCACCAAGUAUUUACGAGCCACGUCCGGUCUAGAAUUGCCACAUUGGAUCAAAAAGGCUGCCAACACAGCCAUGAAUCGAUCUAGUUGGAUCGGUUACGUGGCUGUGUGUGAGGACAAGAAAGAAAUCGCCCGUCUCGGCCGUAGGGAUAUUGUGAUCGCUUACAGAGGAACUGCCACUUGUUUGGAGUGGAUCGAGAAUUUACGUGUUCCCCUAACUGAAUUGCCUAAUAAUGACUCAUAUUCGGGUCAGGUUGGGCCAAGGCCAAUGGUGGAAACUGGGUUUCUGAGUCUGUAUUCUUCUGGGACAGUGGGUUUGCCGAGUUUGAAGCAAACAAUACAUGAGGAAGUUUCUAGAUUACUCCACAGUUACGCCAGAGAGCCACUGAGUCUCACUAUUACUGGCCAUAGCCUCGGUGCUGCCUUAGCAAUACUUACGGCAUAUGACAUCAAAGUAACAUUUGAACGAGUGCCACUUGUUACUGUCGUGUCUUUUGGUGGUCCUCGCGUAGGUAACAAAGACUUUCGAAGGAGUUUGGAUGAACAAGGUACAAAAGUCUUGCGCAUCGUCAACUCCGACGACAUUGUAACGAAGGUACCGGGAUUUGUGGUCGACGACGACAAUGUGGAAGCACUGUCGUGCCCAUGGUGGAUCAAGCAAUGUAUGAUGAAUAUGCAGUCACAAUAUUGGUUGUACUCUGAAGUAGGGAAGGAACUGAAAGUGAACAACAAAAAGUCUUGGUAUGUUAAUGGAGGAAUAAUGAAUAUGGGAAUGCAUCAUGAUUUAAAGACGUACCUCCAUCUUGUUGAAGGCUUUGUGAGCUCUAAUUCUACGCUUGAUGGUUCAACCAAGGCAGUUGCAGACGGUUACUUUUAA